CGCACGUUACCAUAUCUGAUACUACUAUUAUGCAAAAUCGAACGAAGCCAGACCGAUUUCACCCGACUCCACUGUUUAGAUAUGCACGGCUAUUGCUGGUUUCAUACCUGUGCCAAAUCCUGACAUGGGUCUCUCUCUGUGUGAAAGAAAUGGAAUUUUGGCACAGAGUUGUUGUUCCCACGAACGGUAUUUCUCCGGUGGGUUUUCGAUACCUCGAAGGCCCACCUUUGGAGUCGCUAUGGGCGUGAAGAAGGUGAAUCAUAGUUGGGUUUUUGGUCUAAGGACGCGUAGCGGCGGAGAUUUCAAUUAUCUUUUGAAAGCGGAGGCUUCAAGUCGGUCAGUCGAUGGCAACCUUCUUGAAAAGAAGUUGGAAUUCAAGCCAUCUUUUGACGAGUAUUUGAAGGCUAUGGAGUCUGUUAGAACUGACCGAGAGAAGAAGCAAACACUUAGCUCCGAAAGGUACAAUUUAAACAAUGAAGGAAACAUUAGUUUGAGAGAUUCUGAAGGGGAUUCUUCUGGUGGUCAAGUUGAUGGUAAGGAGAUAGGAAGUAGAGGAUUGAAGGGUGUGAAGAAAAUGGGGUUUGAAGAGGAGGGUAAUUUCGGGAGUCCCGGUAAUUUGGUUGGAGACCAAUUGCAGAGUGUUUAUAGAAAGUUGAAUAUGACUUCUGAGAAUAGGAGAUGGGAAAAAGGGAAGAGUAAGAGUGUGCAAGAGAGCAAGAGGAGUGGUGAGUUAAAGGGUGUGAAGAAGAUAGGGUUUGAAGAGAAGGCUAAUUCAGGGAUUUCCCAUAAUAAUUUGGUUCAAGACAAAAUGGACGUCAAAGAAAGGAAAUAUGAUGUGGGUAUUGACAGGAAGUGGGAUAUGGAUUCUGGAAAUGGGAGAUGGGUAAAAAGGAAGGAUACAGGUGUGGAAGGGAGCAAGAGGAAUGGUGAAUUGAAGGGUGUGAAGAUGUUAGGGUUUGAAGAGGAGGCCAAUUUAGGGAUUUCCCAUAGUUUGGUUCAGCACAAAUUGGAUGUCAAAGAAAGGAAAUAUGAUGUGGGUAUUGAUAGGAAUUCUGAAAAUGCGAGAUGGGUAAAAAGCAAAUAUACAACUGGGGAACGGAGCAAGAGGAAUGGUGAAUUGAAGGGUGUGAAGAUGAUCGGGUUUGAAGAAAAGGCUAAUUCAGGGAUUUCCUAUAAUAAUUUGGUUCAACACAAAUUGAAUGUCAAAGAAAGGAAAUAUGAUAUGGGUAUUGAUAGGGAUUCUAAAAAUGGGAUAUGGGUAAAAAGGAAUUAUGCAAGUGUGGAAGGGAGCAUGAGGAAUGGCGAAUCGAAGGGUGUGAAGACGAUAGGGUUUGAAGAGGAGGCUAAUUCAGGAAUUUCCUAUAAUUUGGUUCAUCACAAGUUGCAUGUCAAAGAAAGGAAAUAUGAUGUGGGUAUUGAGAGGAAGUGGAAUAUGGAUUCUGAAAAUGGGAGAUGGGUAAAGAGGAAGUAUCUAAUUGUGGAAGAGAGCAAGAGGAAUGGUGAACUGGAUAGGCACAGAUUUAAGACUGAUAAAGGUAGUCUUAGGGGCACCAAUACAGAAUUGGAGAGAAAUUACAGUCAUAUUGGAAAAAGAUCAGUGGAAAGUGUGAAGUUUAGAAGGAACUAUAAGCCUAUAGUCGAGACAAGUGAUGAUGAUGAAGUAGAGUUGGAAAGAGCUGCUUUCAAGCCACUAGAAGGAUUCAAUGAUGUUGUCGACAAGCCACGGGUUUCGUGGAAUGAAAUGGAGGAGAGGAUCCAAAAGCUAGCUAGGUGUUUGAAUGGUGCGGACAUUGAUAUGCCAGAGUGGAUGUUCUCUAAAAUGAUGCGUAGUGCACAAAUCAGAUUCUCAGAUCAUGCCAUGUUGAGGAUUAUCCAGAUAUUGGGUAAACUAGGAAACUGGAGACGGGUGCUUCAACUUAUUGAGUGGCUUCAAUUGCGUGAUCGCUUCAAAUCUUACAAGAUCAGAAACAUUCAGACGACUGCACUUGCUGUACUUGGCAAGGCAAGGAGACCAGUGGAAGCACUUAAUUUAUUUCUUGCUAUGCAGCAACAAAUGUCCACUUAUCCUGACCUUGUUGCCUACCACUGCAUUGCUGUCACUCUUGGACAAGCGGGACAUAUGAAGGAACUGUUUGACGUGAUAGAUAGCAUGCGAUCUCCUCCAACAAAGAAGUUCAAAACUGGCAUUAUUGAGAAGUGGGAUCCACGGUUAGAACCAGAUAUUAUAGUCUACAAUGCUGUCCUAAAUGCUUGUGUGCAAAGGAAGCAAUGGGAGGGGGCAUUUUGGGUAUUGCAGAAGAUAAAGGAACAAGGCCAACGGCCUUCUAGCACAACUUAUGGACUUGUCAUGGAGGUAAUGUUUGCAUGUGGAAAGUACAAUUUGGUACAUGAUUUCUUCAACAAGGUGACGAAAUCUUCAAUUCCCAAUGCCUUGACCUAUAAAGUCGUGGUUAAUACUCUAUGGAAGGAAGGAAAAACUGAUGAAGCUAUAUCAGUUGUUGAAAGCAUGGAAAGACGAGGAAUUAUUGGUUCUGCUGCUCUUUACUAUGACCUUGCUCGCUGUCUCUGCAGUACUGGAAGGUGCCAAGAGGCACUAACUCAAAUUGACAAGAUUUGUAAAUUUGCUAACAAACCUCUGGUAGUGACUUACACUGGUCUAAUUCAAGCUUGUCUGGAUGCCGGAAACAUUCAAAACGGUGCUUACAUAUUCAAUCUCAUGCACAAGUUUUGCUCCCCAAAUUUGAUAACAUGUAAUAUCAUGUUGAAAGCAUACACGGAACAUGCUAUGUUCGAAGAAGCAAAAGGUCUAUUCCAGAAAAUGCUGGAAGAUGCCAAUCGUGUUUGUUACCAAGCGAAUUACAAGGACAGGGUUGUACCAGAUUUCUACACAUUUAAUACCAUGUUAGAUUCCUGUGUCAGACAGCAACAGUGGGAUGACUUAGAGUUGGUUUACGAACAGAUGCUCCAGUACGGUUUCCCCUUCAAUGCCCAACGACACCUUAGGAUGAUUAUGGAAGCAUCCAGGGCCGGAAAGAGGGAGCUGCUUGAAACAACGUGGAAGCACUUGGCUCGGGCAGGUCAGACUCCACCACCUCUUCUAGCCAAGGAAAUGUUUUGCGUGAAACUUGAGCAAGGUGAUCAUGCUUCUGCUCUCUCCUCCAUCUCAAGCCAUCAUUCAAGUGAGUUGCAGGUAUUUUCCCGCAAUUCAUGGUUGCAUUGUUUCAAAGAAAACACCCACCGCUUCCAAAAGGAUAGUCUUGUGAGGUUGGUGCAUGAGGGGAGUAUAAUGAUGUCCAGAAGUGACUCCCGAAACCAAAUAUUUGAAAAUCUAGUCAAUUCUUGUAGAGAAUUUUUAGAAGACCAUGCGACGUCAGUGUCUGAAAUGUAUUCAACCACAAACUCUCAGCAGACUUGACUGAGACAGUUGUAAACAUCUUAGUUAUCUGUGAAAGUCGUCAUCUUUGUAAGCAUGAGUUACUGUGUUCUUUAUACAUAUAUAUGUGUGUGUGUGUGUGUGUGUCUCAGUAGAAGGUCUCAGUAAACGUAUCUCAGUUUCGGGUUCUUUCAACUACGUACUCUUUACGGUAUCUACUCUCAAGAUAAUUAUGUUUUGAAAUGAUAUCAAAUGAUAUAGGGUUAGCAUGAUUUU